AUGCUUAUUAUUGAACCAAUACAACAACCAACUUCUAAUGUUGAACCAUCCCAUGUUAAUCAAGAUGAUCAAAGCCCACCUUUUGACGAAGUCUUCUUAUCUAAUGAGGAAACUUUUUCCUUGAGAAGUUCUUCUGCCCCACCACCUCUAGAGCAUGAUUCUUCAUCUAUCAAGUUAGCCAACCUACUUGCUUUUCUAGACUCUAUUCCUCAGUCAAUAGGAAAGGGAAUAUCUAUUGGCUCAGAGCAAGGAGUUUUACUGUCGGCUGAAUGA